AUAUUUAUCUUACAUGAGUGAAGCUCAGCAAUCGUCUUCAGGCCUCGAUGCACCUAUCCAAUGGCCCGUAACCAGGAGCGCAUACAAAAUUAUCCACUCUAUAGGUCAAGGGGCAACUUCUGUGGUUCACGAGGCGGAAUGUAUCCCACUUGCUAAAAAAUGUGCAAUCAAAAUAAUUAACUUAGAAAAGUGCAGCACUUCUGCCUCCCUGGACGAGAUAAACCGCGAGAUUAAAUCUAUGAAAAAUAUGAAAAACGAAUGCAUUGUUGCAUAUUAUGCAUCGUUUGUAGACAAGACCGAACUACUUAUCGUGAUGGAUUUAUGCCAAAGAGGUGGGUCGUUACUGGAUGUAAUAAAAUUCACUCACAGCAAAAGGGAUAUAACUUACGGUGUUUUUGAUGAAAACACAAUAGCAACAAUAUUAAAAGAUGUCUUGCGCGGACUUGCUUAUAUUCACGAGAAUGGCCUUGUUCAUCGACGGUUUAUGCGCAUACAUAAUAGCGUAUACUAA